GUGAAGUGCCGUAAAAAAAUAGUAUUGACCCUGUCUGCUAUCCAAUCUAAAUCUUAAUAACACGCCACCUUCUUUGGGCGUACUCAAGAUAGGACAUUGCGCACUUGAUUCCGUCAACAGCGAAAGAUUUCACGAUUUAGAAAGUGUUGUAUGUGACAAACACUUAUUCACUCUAAUGACAAAAAUGAAACUGCCAGCACAUAUAUUGAACCUGCUGUUGACCGCUUUUCUGGGAAACCUCCCCACGGAAUCUGGGUUCGCUUGGACGUCUGUUCCUCCAAGUCCACUCGUCGUCUUUCUCGGAGACAACAGCACAGACGUCGAGUUAAGAUGGGACUUCGAUCUGCAGAUGAGUAAGAUCUUCUACGCGAGACUAGAGCUGCUCGACAGUGCGGAUAGCAGAACUAAAGUGCAUAUUAAAAACAUGCAGCCUGGAGAAGUGGGGGAAUGGACAAGUUCUUACUUUUUACUGAACGUUACAAUCCCUAACGUGGAAAAAACAACAAGACUCGGAUUUGUAAAACUUGUUAUUAAAAACGUGGAGCACCAAGGACCGCAAAUUGACGUUGAGGCAGUUGACUCCUAUUUUUAUCGCAUGAAGAUCAUGACAUUACUUGGAACUGUUUUACAAAAUGACGUACUCUUUCAUUCCUACAGAAAGCCGACCUUAUUAUCGUAUCCUUCUAAUCACACGGUAAGAAAUGGGACAAGUGUUCGCUUAGAGUGUCACGUGAAAGGAAAGCCAACGCCCAUCAUCACGUGGACAAAAUUCGGUUCCCCUCAAUGGUUAUCUUCUGGAAGCGUGGCUAAUAUUUCCAACGUGACAACGGAAGACCGGGGUAUCUACGUGUGCACAGCCUCUAAUGGAAUCGGAACAAACGUCACAGCGGUAUCACUCGUGCAGUAUACUGGGUGUACUGUGGGCUGUGUCAAAAAGGAAGUCGGUAUUCAAUUGACAGAGAUGCAGUGGACAGAUCGCUACAGCCACCAGUGCAUCUACAACCCACAAAUCAACAAUCUCAAAAGCACAAUUGAAUACGAGAUUUUCCGAGAGUAUAUCAAGGCUAGUGUGGGCAUUUACUUAGUUGAGGUAACGAGAUUCAGGCGUGGCAGUGUUGUGGCGGCCGUCUCUUUGCAUCAGCCUGGUAACGUCAGUGUGGAUGUCGCCCCUCUACUGAAAUUUAUCAGCAGUGGUCACCUAGCUGGGCACAGAGUCAACAGCGAGUUGGUCAGUCCAUCGGGAACUGCUUGGGCAAGGACGCCAAUAACUCCGUUCAUCGUCCUUCUCGGAGAAAACGCCACAGACAUCAAAUUAAGAUGGGACUUUGAUCUACAAGAGGACAACUUGCAACGUGUCAACCUGGAAUUGCUCAACACUGCAAAAAAGGGCUCGCGAAUCCUGAUAACUGGUGUCUCCGCUGGACAUUCAGGGAGAGUAUUUUCCAACUCUUUUUACUAUGUGGAUGUGAAUAUUCCAACUGACAGUGAUCCAAUUAGGCUGGGAUAUAUGCAGCUUACUGUCAGAGAUGUCCUGGAGCAAGGAGUUGAUGGGAACGGUAACAAAAUAGAAGUGGAGAAGUUUGACUCGUAUGUGUACAGAAUGGAGGUAAAGCUAUCCAACGGGCAAGACUUCGAUAGCCGCAUUCCUCUUUUAGCUUAUAUGCGACCCAAGCUGCUGUCGUAUCCUAGCAACUACACCAUCACUCAGAUUGGCAGCAGGGUGACGUUAACAUGUGAGGUACGAGGAAUACCAACACCCAACAUCACGUGGUCUAAGCUCGGCGACCCGCGAUUGCGGUCAACAGGGAGCACCUUCACCAUCUCUGGAUUCACAGUCGAGGACCGGGGUAUCUACGUGUGCACCGCGUCUAAUGGAAUCGGAACAAACGUCACAGCGGUAUCACUCGUGCAGUAUAUUGGAUGCUCGAGAGGUUGUACCAAGAGAGAGGUCGACGUCCGUUUUACAAGACUGCAGUGGACUGCAAACUACAGUCGCCCGGAUCUGUACACUCCUGAAAUAAGGGAUCUCAAGGAUAAAAUAGAAUACGAGAUUGUCAAAGAAUACCUCAAGAUCAAUGCAAGCAUUUAUGCCUGUCAAGUAACACUUUUCAGGCCUGCCGAUGGCGUUAUUGCCAUGGUAACAUUACUGCACCCUGGCGACGGCGUUUAUGAUGAGCCUCUUAACAGAAUGAUAAAGAGUGGUUUUCUUGCCGGACAGAUCAUCGGACAGACCACCGUGAACUCCACUCCACCGAUUGCGGGAACCCAUGAUAGCCGACCUUGCAACUGUUCUUGUGAUGUCAUACUUAUAGUCUGCACGACAAUCAUCGCCAUCCUGACCCUCCUCUGCAGCAUGCUUUUUAUGUCUACUUGGAGAGCGCUUAAUGGCAAGAUAGAGCCAAGUUCAAGGAAAUCUAGCAGCGACCAUGAGGAGAAUACGGUGGUGCUUACCUUGCUUCCACAGGGGAGUACCAUGUACCCCUCCCCCAAAGAGGGGUGUGGUCCGACCCAAACCAUCGAAGAAGAGUCGACAGGUAAACGCCCCACCAAAGCUGCCACAAUGCAAGAGAGAUCACC